AUGCCCAUAGGCCGGUUCUUGAGAAUUCCCCCAGCACUUCGAAGACCUAUUUCCUGUAUCCCUCAUAGAGCUUUUGUCACAAUGGUGAGCGAAAACGUGAAUGCCAGCACCAAAGUGGAAACGGUGCCCGCAGCGAAGAGACCUGUUGCUGAAGAUAGUGUCGCCAAUCGCAGGCCAGUAAAAACACGAAAGAUCAAACUAAGAAAGUAUAAGGCCAAGAAAGUCGAUGAAACUUCUCCUCUGGGUGUUCUACAAUUCGAAAUCGACGGGCUGAUAGCUAAGGAAGGCCUAACGAAGGAUGAGAUCAGAAACGAUAUGGUGGCCGUUCUCAAUCAUAAGGACGAAAACGGUGAGCCUGUAGCUCUGAGAUAUCAUCGGGAGGUAUCAGAUGUACAGGUUCUCCAAAUCGGCGCAAGUGGGGACGGAAUGGCGAUUGUUCGUAACCCAGUGGAGACUAACAAAAAACAAGUGGUAGUGAUUCCUUUUGCUUUGCCAGGGGAUUUGGUAAAAAUAAGGGUGUUCAAAACUCAUCCGGCUUAUGUGGAAGCUGACUUGCUUGAGGUCACUCAGAAGUCGCCCCUGAGGGACGAUGAUCUGAUCAAGUGUAAAUAUUUCGGAAAAUGCGCAGGUUGUCAAUUUCAAUCUUUGACCUAUGAGGAGCAGUUGAAAAUCAAAAGAGAUACCGUGGCCAAUGCGUACAAAUAUUUUGCGCCCAAACUGUUGGCGAACAACUUGUUACCGAUUAUAGGAGACACCAUCCCGUCCCCCAAAAUGUUCGACUACAGAACAAAACUUACCCCACAUUUCGACAUGCCAAAGAAAGUGCAUAAGCUAGAGGACAGGCCUCCACUUGGGUUUGGCCAAAAGGGCAGACCCAGCUGGAGAAAUAAUUCUCCAGGCGGCAUCAAAAGUAUAUUAGAUAUUGAGGAGUGCGUUAUUGGUACUCAGAUUCUCAACCAAGGGCUGGCUAACGAGAGGAAAAAAUUCGAACGCGAGUUCAAAGAUUAUAAGCGCGGUGCCACGAUUCUGCUUAGGGAAAACACCCGAGUUUUGGAUUCCACUCAAAGCGUGGAAGAACAGUUAGGGGAGGCGUCUCAAGAUAUAGAUACAGGAAAGACUUCCUUUGUUCAAGUAACGGAAGGCAGGCCCUUAGCCAAGACGUGCGUCACAAACUCAAGGCAGGUGAUCACCGAACACAUCAAUGGGUAUACGUUUGAAUUUUCCGCCGGAGAGUUUUUUCAAAACAACAACAGUAUUUUGCCGCGUGUCACCGAGUAUGUCUGCAGCAACUUGCAGAUCCCAAACUCGACGCCAGGUGAACCACACUAUCUGGUAGACGCUUAUUGUGGCUCCGGGCUGUUCAGUAUUACGGCCUCGAAGGGCGUGGACAAAGUCAUCGGUGUAGAAGUCUCCGCAGACUCCGUGCUGUUUGCCGAAAGAAACGCCAAGAACAACGCCGUGGAAAACUGUCAGUUUGUGGUUGGCAAAGCGGAGCGCAUAUUCGCCUCGAUCGACACCCCAAACGAUAGGACCUCGGUGAUACUGGACCCUCCUCGCAAGGGAUGUGACGACGUUUUUCUCAACCAGCUGGCUGAUUACAAUCCUGCCAGGAUCGUCUACAUAUCCUGCAACGUGCAUUCUCAGGCGAGAGAUAUGCAAUAUUUCUUGCAAGAGACCGAAAAGGGCAAGCAGUACAAAGUCGAAAGUUUGAGAGGCUUUGAUUUUUUCCCGCAGACCCACCAUGUCGAAAGUGUAUGUGUCUUAAGUAGAGUGUAG